UUGUCCUGCUAUCAGUCUCCUUCCUUUUUUUUAUUUGUGAUAUCAGGAAAAGAGAAGAGAACGUCGUUUUAGUCGCUCAAGUUCAUUAUUAGUCAUCUUUCUUUGUUUUUUGUCAAUGAUUUAGAGUGAGUUCAUCCUCUUCAUCAAGUUGUCCCUCUAGUAGUUCUUAAUUUUCAGUCAUCAUGGGAGCCGUUCUAGGCUUAUUCUCUGCAGCCUCGAUGGCUUGCUGUUGCGCAAGUUCAGCAGCAAGUCUGUGCUGUGCAGUGUGUCCAUCCUGCCGCAAUUCAACCUCAACUCGCCUGAUGUAUGCUGUCAUGCUGCUUGUCAGCACUAUCAUCGCUGCGUUAAUGCUAGCACCUGGUCUUCAGGAUAUGCUUCAAAAAGUGCCGUUCUGCCAUGGGACAGGACAGGAGAAUAAAUCAAUCUCAGCUCAAAUUAGUGAUUUCAUUUCACCCUCCCAAGCUUUACCACAGUUUGAUUGUCAAUCUGCCGUUGGAUACAUCGCAGUUUACAGAAUAUGCUUCACUGUUUUCAUGUUCUUUGCCUUCAUGGCCAUUAUUAUGGUUGGUGUCAAAUCCUCAAGGGACAACAGGGCAGCCAUUCAAAACGGAUUUUGGGGACUGAAGUACCUUCUAAUUAUCGGCGGAACCAUUGCUGCUUUCUUCAUUCCUAAAGAACAUCUUGGUUUGCCGUGGAUGUAUUUUGGUAUGGUCGGUGGUCUUCUAUUCAUUCUUAUCCAGUUGAUCCUCAUUAUUGAUUUUGCGCACAAUUGGGCUGAAAGCUGGGUCACCAACUUCGAAGAAACUGAAUCCAGGAAAUGGUGGUUUGCCCUCAUAGGUGUUACCCUGCUGAAUUUCACUCUUACCAUCAUUGGUGCAUUCUUCCUAUUUUCUCUUUACACGUCGGAUGGCUGUUAUUUGAACAAAUUCUUCAUCUCUUCCGAUCUCCUCCUCGUAAUCGUUGCUGGCUUUACAUGCAUUUCACCAGCGGUCCAAGAAAGACAACCACGAUCAGGGCUACUUCAAACCUCCGUUGUGUCUCUCUACACAAUGUACUUGACUUGGUCAGCUCUCUCCAAUAGCCCUGACAAAGGCUGUAACCCUGGCUUCAUACCCGGUCUCAGCAACAACACAAGUGCAGUUCAUUUUGACGGGCAGAGCAUGAUUGGUCUUCUCAUUUGGGCCUGUUGUGUCAUAUAUUCCUCGCUAAGGAGUGCAUCCAAGUCUUCAAAAUUCACCAUGUCCGACAAAAUCCUUGUUGAUGAUACCAAUGAAGGAGGUGAUGAAAGCCGAUCCCUUGAAGCUGGAGGCAGCAACAAGAGCAAAGUGUGGGACAAUGAGGAAGAGGGCGUUGUCUACAGCUGGACAUUCUUCCACAUUAUGUUCGCUCUGGCAACAUUGUACAUAAUGAUGACCUUGACCAACUGGUACACACCAACAACAUCUUUAGCAACAAUGAACUCCAAUUCUGCUUCAAUGUGGGUGAAACAAGUUUCUAGUUGGCUAUGCAUGUCGCUUUACAUUUGGACAUUGGUCGCCCCCAUUGUUUUUCCGGACAGAGUAUUUGAAUAAGUAUUAAAAUUACUGGUUUCCAGCGCUUCAUUUUUUAUGCGAGUACCCUAUCUACCAUCCGUCGAGUCAAAUAAGUGUCUCAGCUGUGGCUUCUACUUCUUUUUGUAUAUGCAAGCUGCUCUUUUUAUCAACGGUUUUUUCUCUGCAGCACAGACACCGUUUGUAAAUUCGUGAAGUCGAUUUUUGAAUGUACGACCUGUGGCUUAUAAAAUGAAGUGAAAUUAACCAUUGUAUGACCUUAAAUGCCCUAUUGUUUGAAGUUUUGAGUCAGUAACAUAGAUUUAUAUUGAAGGAACCGUUAUUAACUGGACUGUAAUAAACAGAAAGGAAUCAAGUCAUAUCAGCCAUCGCCAAAUUUUAUCGGAUUAUUAAUUAGUUUAUGGGAGAACGGUAAUAUAGACACUUUUGAAAAUUUCAUGAAAUAUCCUCUGUGAUGUAAAGAAAAUUCCUCAAAAUUUUCAAGAGAAUCUGCCCAUUUAUUCUCAUGCAAAAAAGAAAAUUGGAUGAAAUUUAGCAAUUGCUGAUAUGACUCGAUUCCUUCAUACUUAACGCGGUCCGAAUUUUCUUCAUUUAUUUUUUAUUAUUUUUUUUACCUUUAUAUUUUUAUCUGCUACUUGAGCAUUUAUGUUUUACCCUACGGCUGUAACCUCGAAUAUUCAGCUAAUAUUAAAAAAUUGAUGUCUGUAGAUGUUUUGAUUUUUAAGUGGUAGCCAUCGUAUUCCUAAGUUUAAUUUGUGAUGACUUAUCAUCUUUACCUUCUGUCCUAUUUUAGUAAGUAGUUUUUGACAUGAGAAAUUGAUUUUAAUAGCCCAUGCGGAGAAAAGUCUGCUUUCCUAUCUUCUGUUGUGCUAUUUAUUACUUCUGUUCAAUUUGCUGGUUUGAUGAAAAGUUCGAAACGAUUUUUUCAACGUCAAACCCAGGUCAGUCUGUCGGCAGAGUUGAGUGUAUUGAUCCCUGGAAUCCUCAAGUUUUUUCCAUCUGGUUUGAUAGAUAAGUUCCUGAAAUGAUCAUUCCUUUCAUAUUUUUUUAUAUUACAGUUAUACAAGUUUUAGAAUCAUUUGAAAGUAUUGAUUGGUAAGAUAUGCUAUAAUUACCCUAGAAUUUCUUAUUAGAAUACAAACUAAAGAGCAAAACCUAAUUUAUGAGAUUAGGAGUGGGGAUUAAAACAAAGAAAAACUGUGACUGGUCGAACAGAGCAUAAAAACUUGAAUCAUUAAAAAUGUCAUUAGACGUAUGCUUCGCACAAUGUUCUGACCAGUUUUUGGAGAAAUCGUGCGAUCUCUUAAAGUGUUCUCAGUUUAAUUCAGUUCUAAUACUGCGGAGCGUUUCUAAGUGUUAGUGAGCCCAAGUAAGAUAGUGACAUUGGUGAUGGAGGAGGUUCCAAAGUGCAUUUAACAAAUUGAAACGAUUAAAGUAUCUUGGACCCUCAGCAAAAUUAGGUAUACUCCUUAGCAAUGCUAGCAUACUACUUUAUGCCUGAUUCACUCAGCUGAACUAAUAGCAGUAACAAGAGGAUUCAAGUUGGCUCAGUCCAAUUUUCUUCUCGACCGAAUUGGAGGAUUUCUAUGAUUUCAGAUCAGCCCACUGACCUAGGUUAACAUUGUACUCUCAUGAUCACAAUAAAUAUUAGUCAGAUGUUAAGAAUGAUUCAGAGUUGCCACAACAAGGGGAAACUGAUAAUAUUCAGAAAAUUUUCCAUCAUAGCGCCAUAUUAUCGCAUGUAGCUUAGAGUCAGGGAGGGAAUAGCUGAUAAGUGUAGCUUUUAUUCAUCAGGUAAGCAUUUUAUGUUUCUACUGAGUAACAUUUUUUAUCAACCCCUAUUUUCUAAAGAAAUAAGAUUCUUUGGUAGUUAGAUCGGCACUCCUGAUAAUAAAAUGGUUGUUAAAUCCAUCAUCUAUCUGUAGUAUCCCUGCCCCUCAGUUUUUUUACCUAAGUCGAAAAUACUGUAUUUUGAUAGCACUCUAAAUAACACGGAAUCUUGAGAUAAUAUAACCCUUCCUCUUGACAAGGGCAGCUCUGUUUUUCUUUUUACAAUUUUGCUUGUCACUUGAAAGAACAAAUUUAUCUUGUCAAUUGUGAAUUAUGCUCUCAAUGUAUGUACUUAUUAUACUGUUCUACUACCUAAUAAUAAAACCAACUUGAAACUCAAA